AUGGCCGUAUCCCAGACCAAAAAUCAAAGCGACAACUCCAAAUUUAGCAUAAACUUCCAGGAGUAUUCUCGAAAACAUGUCAUCAAAGCAGCGAACCUUUCCGGGGCAGUUCUUACCUCUCUAUUACCAGUUAUUACCAUCCUCGUGCUCUAUCUAGUGGAAGGCAUGGGUGCCCGUCUAGGACUGGUUGCUCUUUUCAGUACAUUCUUCUCGGCCUGCCUCUGGUUUUUGAAUGACGGAAACAUGGUGGAAGUGUUCUCAGCAACUUCGGCGUUUGCCGCGGUGCAAGUCGUUUUCAUUAGGGCCAAUGGAUGA